CCAGGUUCGGCCAUCUUCUUUUUCUUCUUCUUCUUCUUCUUCUUCUUAUUUACAAACAAAAUUUUCCAACAAAAUCUAUUUUCUCUUUCUCAUCUCCUCCUAUAUUUAAAACCCUAGAAUCGUUAUCUUCUAUCUCAUUCAUCUUCCUCUGUUACAAUUCAAACUAUUUUUUUUUAAUAUAUAUAUAAUCAAAACAGAGUUUUCUUAAUUCGGAGCAAAAAAAAUUUAUAUAUUGCUUCUUCUUUUUCUGAUUCAUUCACCUGUUGCUUGAGUUUUCGUUUUGAUUAUUUUUUAGAAUCUUGAAAGAGUCGGUUUGGGUUUUUGGGGUGAUUGAAUAUAAAUGGCAACAGAGCAAGUAUUGCCCUUCUCUGUAGCUUCCAUAGUCGAGGAUGUUCUUCACCAGCAUGGCGCCCGUACAACCCCCAUUGACUUCGCUUCCAGGAAGGCUGAGGAAGCUUCAUUGAGAAGGAAUGAAGCAGCUGGAUGGUUGAGAAGAACAAUUGGGGUUGUUGGGGGUAAAGAUUUGCCAGCUGAGCCUUCCGAAGAAGAUUUCAGACUUGGUUUGCGAAGUGGAAUCAUUCUUUGCAAUGUUCUUAACAAGGUCAAUCCUGGUUCUGUAACCAAGGUAGUAGAAGGACCUUCUGAUUCCGUAAUUAUUCCUGAUGGGGCAGCACUUUCAGCAUAUCAGUAUUUUGAAAACGUUAGAAACUUCCUUGUAGCUGUUGAGGAAAUGGGGCUUCCAACCUUCGAAGCCUCUGAUCUCGAGCAGGGAGGAAUGUCUGCAAGAGUUGUAAACUGUGUUCUAGCACUUAAAUCUUUUAGCGAGUGGAAACAAGCAGGUGGAAUUGGUUCAUGGAAAUUUGGCGGAAACAUGAAACCACCUGCCUUUGGAAAACCGUUUAUGCGGAAAAAUUCAGAACCAUAUGUGAACUCCUUUUUGAGAACCUUGUCAUGCGGCGAGAAGUCUGUAGAUAGUCUUUCCAGUAAUCAAUCUUCUAAUGGAGAUAUUGGUCAUGACCUCAACGAAACAGGUAUCUCUCGUUCCUUGAAUGUGUUAGUCCGUGAAGUUCUUUCAGAUAAGAGGCACGAAGAGAUUCCACUAAUUAUUGAAUCUAUGCUUGGUAAAGUCGUGGAGGAAUUUGAGCGUCGCUUAGCAAGUCAAAGUGAAUUUACAAAAUCAAUUCAGAAAGAUAUAGCGUUAUCUGGCACUGACAAGUCUCUCCCAGACCCUGCUUCAGAUGAUAUAGAGAUGGAAGCAAAAGAUGCCAGCCCUACCAAAGAGGAAGCGCAUACUCAAAUGUAUAACCAUGAAGAAGCUCCUGACAGCCUGUUUUUGAAGCAGCAUAUGCUACUGGAGAAACAACAGAGAGAUAUUCAGGAUUUGAAACUUACUCUUCAUCAUACAAAAGCUGGCAUGCAAUUUCUACAAAUGAAGCACAAAGAGGAGUUCGAAAAUUUAGGUAAGCACCUGCGUAGUCUUGCUUAUGCUGCUUCAGGUUAUCAGAGAGUCCUAGAAGAAAAUCGCAAGUUAUACAAUCAAGUGCAGGAUUUGAGAGGAAAUAUUAGAGUGUACUGCCGAGUCAGACCCUUCUUUCCUGGAGAAUCAAGUCGCCUGAGUACCGUUGAUCACAUAGAUGAUGGCAAUAUUACCGUUCUCACUCCUGCAAAGUAUUGCAAAGAGGGACGCAAAUCAUUCACUUUUAACAAAGUUUUUGGUCCUUGUGCAACCCAAGAGGAGGUAUUUUCAGACACUCGACCUCUUAUACGAUCAGUUCUUGAUGGUUACAACGUAUGCAUAUUUGCUUAUGGCCAAACUGGGUCUGGAAAAACUUUUACUAUGACUGGACCAAAAGAGCUCACAGAGGAAAGCCAAGGUGUAAACUACAGGGCACUACAUGACCUAUUUCUUCUCUCAGAACAGAGAAAAGAUACUUUUUUCUAUGAAAUAUCUGUACAGAUGCUUGAAAUCUACAACGAGCAAGUUCGAGAUCUCCUUAUUACAGAUGGUGUUAACAAAAGAUUAGAAAUUCGAAACAGUUCACAAAACGGAAUUAAUGUACCAGAUGCAAAUCUUGUACCUGUAUCAACAACACCCGAUGUCUUAUAUUUGAUGAAUCUUGGACACAAGAAUAGGGCAGUGAGUGCUACAGCCAUGAAUGAUCGUAGUAGCCGAUCUCAUAGUUGCUUGACCGUUCAUGUUCAAGGAAGGGACCUCACAUCUGGGGCUGUUCUACGUGGUUGCAUGCAUUUGGUUGAUCUCGCAGGAAGUGAAAGGGUUGACAAAUCUGAGGUCACGGGAGACAGAUUAAAGGAGGCCCAACAUAUCAACAAAUCUCUUUCUGCCUUGGGAGAUGUGAUCUCUUCUCUUGCUCAAAAGAAUUCCCAUGUUCCUUAUAGAAACAGUAAACUCACACAACUGCUCCAAGACUCACUUGGAGGACAGGCAAAGACGCUCAUGUUUGUUCAUAUUAGCCCAGAGGCCGAAGCUGUUGGGGAAACAAUCAGUACCCUGAAAUUUGCUGAACGGGUUUCAACUGUCGAGCUUGGUGCUGCUAAAGCUAACAAAGAUAGUACAGACGUAAAAGAGCUUAAAGACCAGAUUGCUAAUCUUAAGGCAGCUCUAGUGAGGAAGGAGGGAGAACGAGAGCGUCGUCCACACUCUCGCUCCUCCAGCCCAGAUAGAUUUAGAUUGAAAUCUGCCGGGUCUUCUCCUUCACACCCUAGUUGGAAAAGUCUCAAAGAGUUUUCCGGGGGGCGUAGGCAACCAGUAGAGGAUGUUGGUAACGUUGAGAACUCUGCAUCAAAACUGAAACGGCGAAGUCUGGAUCUUCAAGAUGUGUUAAUGCAUUCAUCUUCUUGGCCAUCUGUUGAAAGUUCUCCUGACGCAAAUGGAAAAGAAGACGAUAAGGAAUCAGUUUCUAGUGAUUGGGUUGAUAAGAUUAUGGUGAACAAGCAAGACAUCAUGAAUAGAGAGGAAAAUCUGGUGGAAUGUUGGGAUGUAGAUAGCUCACAGUUGACAGAGAUGUUCGGUCAUAAUUACCUUCCAGACCCUUCAAAGAUAUAUCCAGAACAACAGUUGAAUAGUAAGAUUAACGGGAGCAAAAAGGAGAGCCAAAAUUAUGACUUACAGAGGAGUAAUCGGUAUGAGAUGGCCACCACUGAUGAUUCUGAUGAUCAGUUAGAGGCUGCAAUCAGUGAUUCUUCAGAGCCAGACAUGCUUUGGCAAUUAAAUCCAUCCAAGGCCACCAGCAUUCCCAAUGGCCUGGGAGGACCAGAAACGAGGAAAACCAAUCCCAAGCCAGUGAGGAGCACAGAAACCAGGAGUAUGAUUCCAUCCCUGAUUCCUUCACCUUCACUGUCACGGAAGGCACCCAAUGGGCCUAGUCAACUCAUUCAACCUUCCUACAGGCCUGUGAAGCAGGCAGUUCAUGGUCAAGGAAAGCGAAGAACUACAAAGUGAAUAUAUAUAAAUACAAGCAUACAUAUAGAUAUAUGUAUAUAUAUACACACACACACAAUUAUAUAUUGUGAUGGGGUUUGCGGGACGUUCCACUGUGUUCCUUCUUUCACACAUGUCAUAUUUUUUUUUCGUGUACUUAUUAUUUGAUUAAAGAGAGAAAAGAUUGCCUGAGUUUCUAAGGUGUGACUGGCCAGUUCCUGUUUUGUUCAUACGUGUGUUAGUUUGUGAGUUUUUUUUUUUUUUUUUAUUUCCUCUUUUUCUUUUGUAUGUGUCCCACAAAAAAGAAGAAAAGCUCCAUGUAUAGAGAGAAGAAAAUGCUUUUACAGUUCUAUUUCUAUAACAUUUCUCAUUGUAUAACUCUUGAUGAAAUCAUUACACAAUUAGCUAUAAUGAAAUAUCAUUGUGUGAUAUCA